UCUUACAUCUCAAGUUGGCCCUGUUGGCGGAUCAUCAGUCGUAUGUUCUGGAAGAUGAUGGACGUACUACCAGUGAGAAUGGUCAGACGACAGUUGGAUAAGAAUGUAUUUUUAUUUGGAAUAUUAGUUGUCCUCACUCUUUACAUCCUUUACGUAAACCGAACGACCUCCGUCCGUAUUCCUAUACCAGAAGGGCUAUCGGAUGCUGAUUCUAAGCGGGACAGCAGCGGAAAGGCCUUACUGAAAGAUUUUGUAUCUACAAGGAAGGAGAGAAGAUCGAUAAUGCGCCAGGCUUGUCAUAACUCCACGCAGAGUAAAAACAAAUUAGACAUCAAGAACCUGGAUCACAUAAUCGUCAGCGAUAAGUACCAGGCUUUGUUUUGUUUUGUACCGAAGGUGGCCUGUUCACAGUGGAAAAAGGUGUUUCUUCUCAUGUCCGGGCACGUCGAUGAUCCUAAAAAACUAGACGAAUAUAGUGUGCAUUUUAAUUACAGCCAUUUAUUGCGGUACCUAGACCAGUAUAAGAAGGAUGAAAUUGAACACAGGAUACAAACUUACAAGAAAAUCAUCAUGGUUCGCGAUCCCCUGGACAGACUAUUAUCAGCUUUCAAAAAUAAAUUCCACGGAACUGGAUUUAAAGAUCCAACUUACAGUAAUAUAGCAAAAUUUAUUGUUCGCAACUAUAGAAAAGACUUUAAACAACCUGUUUUGGGUGAUGACGUCACUUUCCUAGAAUUUAUAAGAUACGUCACAGAUGACGGAAUAGGUGCAGAAAAUGAACAUUGGAGAACAGUAAUGAAAUUAUGUGCACCUUGUCAAAUCGAAUAUGAUUUUGUCGGGAAAUACGAAACACUACAGGACGAUGCGGACUUCAUUAUGUCACAAAUUGCUCCUCAUAUUGAUUUCCCAGCUAAACCGAAAGCAUACGGAUCGUCAAAUACAUCCCAACACCUGCCCCACUACUUGUCUCAGCUACCAUUGAACUAUGUAGGUAAACUAUGGAAUAUCUAUAAAGACGACUUUACUGUCUUUAAUUAUUCAUUUUUGACACACCUUAAUGAUAUUCCAUAUCUUGUCUAAUGAUAAUGCAAUUAUGAUUAUAGGUCUAAUUCAAUUACAACAAAUGUGUUUCUGCUGACUAUCGGCAAUACUUCACUAUUUUGAAAAAAGCGUCACAGUUAUUUUUCUAUAAUGAAAAAAUCACCAUUUAAAGGAAAGUUAAAAAAUGUCAAUAAAAACUCACAUAAAUAAAAAAUAAAAAAAUAGAUUGGGCUACUCAGUAAUGUAGCUCCAUUAAGUAGAAUCACUUGUUUUAUACUGCAUGUAUGUAUUUCAAGUAAUUGAAACGUUAAAGCGUAUGGAAAAGCCAGGGCAAGGUAAUUUAUGAGAACUCUUGGAUUUGAAAGUAGUUCCGUCCUCUAGCAGACUUACAGUUCAUCGAGAGUGGUGUGUGUAGCGUAUCAAAACGAAAUCAAUAUAUUUUACUGUUUGUAUGACAUAAAUUAUUUACGUAAUUGUUUUCCCUGCAUUGCAUCCUCGAUAAUCCAGGGGUUACCCUCACUUAUGCUCUCUGCGCUCCUGGAAUAUGCUAUAGUAAAAUCGAAGGUUAAGUGUUUGCCACCUUGUGGAAGAAACAAGAAGACGAGUUUGAUCCUUUAAUGUAUAUCAAAAGAAUCUCACGGUCGCGUAACUGUAAAGUUGGCUGGCUUUGAAGUCAGGUGUCGCUCUUUUGUAAUCUUCAAAUGACAUGCAAAUAGCCUAAUAAUGCCUUCAAUUUUGCUUUGACAUAUUCCAGAGAUGCAGAGAGCGAAAGUGAGCGUUACCCUGGAGUAUUGAGAAUGUCUGCAUUGUUAUUGGAUAAAAGCAAUACCAUGUGAUCAUGUAUAAUAAUACAGUUGAACAUGAAAACAUUGAUGACAGUUUGCUGCACAGUUUUAAAAGUUUUAGAUGUAAAUUUAGGUUGUUGCGUGAUUAUAAAUAGAUUCAAGUAAAGACCCCAUACCACACAAUUAUAUAAAAAUAAUAUUUGAAUAAAUAGCUUUCAGCACCGUUACAAAUCACUUUGAACAGAAUCGUAGAGCUAUAACAAGAUCAAGGUCGACAAAUCAGUUAUGCUGAUUUAACAGACACAUCAUUUAAACUUAGGUUGAUAUGUACUUUUUAUUGACCUGAUCGAAUUUACGUUAUCAAUGUUUGAUUGCGUUCUUAGUAAAUAUUUCUAAGACAGAUUGACAAAAACCAUUAUCCAUCACAUUGACGUUCAGGUAUUGUAUAUCCUUUGUAUUUCCAGUAAUUAUUAUAUUGUAGGAUUUUGUACAGGUGCAAUACUAUGUGUGUUCCUUACGUACAUCGCUCGGGAUACAGUAGCGUAAAAUGUGUUAGACUCUGUUGGUGAAAUUCUUAGUCCCCGAGGUUUGCAGUAAUUUUGAUAGUUACAGUAAUCUAGUUUUCAAUAGUGCGACGGGUAAUAAAAUGAAAGUUUGGCUCAGUAUUUAUUUGAAAUUAACAAGGAAUUAAUAGAAUUAAGGGAUACUUCGCAAAUGCCUUUCUGUUACAACAGUAGUUGCAGUGAAAGGCCGAUGUAGUUUUUCACCUUUUUGGCAUGUAGUAGCAUUGCUCCGUUAUAGAAGGACGACACAGCUAUACGGUGCAGUGUAAUUGGUUUUUUUGGCACAUUGUAUUUAUUGCAAAGGUCCAUACGUUCAUUUGUUUACCAAUUAAACAAGAAAUAUAUGCAUAUACUGCUUAAAUAGAGAAAACUAUAUUGCUUCCAGAGUAUAACGUGUACCAAAGCUUGACAAGGAGUACUGAUUUUAAAUGAUUGUUAUAAUUUACGCUAGUGAUAUCGCUUUUAUUUCAUGUUUUAAUUUCUUCUUUAUAUAUUUUCUUUUUCUUUUGUUAAUGACAUUAAAUACUUUAAAAAAAUAUUAAGUAUUACCUAUUUUUUCCAAAUCAAAAUUAUUUUAUCUGACUGACAAUCAUAAAGGGGUGCACAUAUCGAUACGCCUUGACACACUAAAAUGGGCACAGCGAGUGUGAGGGGGAGAAAGGAUAAGAAUAGAAAGGAAAGACGUACUCACGCUGACAGGCAAGUCGAACAGUCAAUGCAUUACCUAUAUAUACAAACAUGAAUACACACAUAUAUGCAAAACAUACACACAUGUGUAAUAUGUAAUAGGAGCGGAAAAUUACACGGUCAGACCGGGGUUCCGACCCGGGACCUUCCGAACUCUUAGACGGACGCUCUACUAAUUGAGCUACCAGGUCGCCGAUGAUCGACCCAUUCUAGUUCCGCUACAUUGCUCCCUCUUUUUCUAAGUCUUUGCCCCCGAAGACACAAUUUUAUACAACCAAGGUUUGGGUAUCCCCUUGUCAAGUAUUCACCUAGUUCUUUAAACAAGGGUUUAUCACAGGCACCAAAUGUAAUAGGUGAGGAACAAUGUACGGCGGACCGGGGUUCGAACCCGGGAAUCUCCGAACUCUAGACGGACGCUCUACCAAUUAAGCAACCCAGUCACCGAUGAUCUAUCCAGUUCAGUGUCGCUACACAUACAUAAACAUACAUGUAUCAGUAUGAUACAUGUAUGAUACUUUUUCUUGUACAUAAAAAAGUAAACUCACAAAAACCUUUUAAUAUAUUAUUACAACUUAUACGAGUGACAUUACACCUUUUAAAGUAUUGUCAUAACAUAUACUAGUGAUAAAAAAAGAAGACAAGUUAAAAGUCGUCAUUACUUAGAACAGUAUACAAUAAAAACUCGUUCAAUAAAGUAAAUUUCGAUAUUGAUAUAAACAUUUGUAUGUAGAUUGCAGUAGCACGUGUACCGCCAGGUAAUAUCCCACCACACGAAAGACAUAAGAUUUGUGGUGUCUAAUGCCCAUCAAUAUGUUCCAGUUGUAGUUAAUGCAUUCUUACGAUUUCUGUUUCAGAUAAUUCUGUAGAGUUUUCAUGAACGUUUUAUGAUAAAACUUUGUUCAUGCUAUAUGCUAUUUAUAGAACACGUUGAGAUGUUUUUGAUUGAAUGUUACCCGUAACGUUUGUAGUGAAAGCUUUACCUGUGUGUUCUAGACUGAUUGCUCUCUUAAUGAAUGUAUCAACAGAGUAUGACAUUCUCUAAUCUGUAUGAAGAAAAUGUAAUUUUUGAUGAAUACCAACGAGACACAUUUUUAUAAAACUGUAAAACGCCGACACCCAGACAUCGAAUGAUUUAAACCUUGAAGUAGUCAAAUUGCAUUCAAAAUCAUUAAAAGUGACUCUCUGCAGACAUACAUACCGAAAGGUAUUUCAUUUUUUAUUUAACUCAUUUCCAUUUUAAUUGAAAGAUCCUUGAACCUUUGAACCUUUUUACUCGCACGACAAUAGCAUUAUAUCAUGAAUAAUUCUGAACUGAAGAAAGGUAAAAAUAAGAAAUUGUAUAAUAUGUAAAUCAACAAUUCGUGCUCUGAAUCAGUCAGACAGGGAUUCGAACUGUGAGACCUCCAAUCACACUACGCACUCUGAAAACAUGAUCACCGAUAAUUUUUACACAAAUGCAAUUACGAAUAUCAUGUCGUCUAUUAAUUGAUUCAUGCUUUACCAAUUGUUAUUUUAUAUGAUUCUUUUCAUGCAGGUAUUUAUUCAGAGUAAAUUUACAUGACGCUUAAACAUUUGUGAAAGUAAGCGCAGAAACACAUUUUCACCGGUAACGUUUGCUUCCUUUGUGAUACAACAUGGACGGAUAGUCGUCAAACAACGGAUGCUACUUGAGUCAAUGUGUUGCUUAGCCACAAACUGUUCACUUCUUAACGUAUAUUGAUU